AUGGUUGAGUUCAUAGAUUCUCAUAAAACUUGUGUUAAAGAAGCGAUUGUCAAGCAUGUGAUUUCCAGUUCUAAUUCAGCUACACUUGCUGGGUUGGUAGUUGAUAUGUCUUAUACAUCAAUGAUCGAUGUGGGAAAUGAACUUGGUGUUCCUUCUUAUUUGUUCUUCCCUUCUACUGCAGCUUUUCUUGGUCUUAUGCUAUACCUUCCAACUCGACAUGAUGAAGUUGGAAGAGGAUUUGAAGAGUUUGAUGCAUUCCAGGAGCUGGAAUCUCAUGCGGUUAAGUCUCUGUUGAAUGAUUUUGAUCAUAUGCCACCAAUUUACACGGUCGGACCAAUUAUUGAUGUAAAGGGACGUCAGAGUGAUGAGACAGAAAAAGCUGAUGAGAUAAUGAAAUGGCUUGAUGAUCAGCCUGAUUCAUCAGUUGUUUUCUUGUGCUUUGGAAGCCCGAGGAGCUUUAGUGAAGAACAAGUCAAAGAAAUUGGAUUUGGAUUGGAGCAAAGUAGGGUAAGGUUCUUGUGGUCUUUACGGAAGCCACCACCAAAUGGCGAAUUUGAAGGGCCUAGUGAUUACAAUAGUGAUAAUCUCCAGGAAAUCUUGCCAAAUGGGUUCUUGGAAAGAACGAAGGAAAAGGGUUUGGUGUGUGGACGGGCACCACAAAAGGAGGUGUUGGCUCAUAAGUCAGUGGGAGGAUUCGUGUCACGUUGUGGGUGGAAUUCAAUCUUGGAGAGCUUGUGGUUUGGUGUUCCAAUUGUGACAUGGCCUAUGUAUGUUAAGCAGCAGCUUAAUGCUUUCCGAAUGGUGAAAGAUUUGGGAUUGGCCGUGGAGUUGAGAGUAGAUUAUAGGAUCACUAAUGGGGAAGUUGCAUUGGGAGAUGAAAUAGGAAGAGCUAUAAAAUGUGUGAUGGAGAGUGAUAAUGAAGUGAGGAAGAAGGUGAAAGUGAUGAGUGAAAAGAGCAGAUUAGCAGUGAUGGAAGGAGGAUCUUCAUUUGCUGCAUUUGGACACUUUAUUGAUGAUGUACUAGGAAAUAUGUCAUGA